AAUGAUUUAACUAAGGACUAUGAUGAUCAAAAUCAUCGGACUUGCACAGGUGGAAAACAAAAUAGAAGUACGGAAACCUUUUUCCCUAGAAUAUCUUUGGAUCCUUCAGAAUGUUCUGAUGUCCGGAAAUGUAUGGGACAGAAAAUGGAUAAAGACACCCCAUGUUUUUCCAAAAAAACUCUAGAACUUAUAAGGGAGUUUGGUCAAGAUAAUUCGUCCCUGAAUGGUCAUAAGGCUGUUCAUAAUAAUGCUUCUCAGACAAUCCCCUGGUUUCAGAUUUAUAAGAAAACGGAUUGUAAUUCGGAAUCCUGUGUCUUAAAUAAACCUUCUUUCCGGAAAUUUGCUGAAAGUAAAGGCUUUGGUUCAAGAUUCUUAGAUAGGGAACUUGAUAUCAAUUUCAAGGCGUAUGGCCCAAGAGAUAGUACUGCUUGGUUGAGCAAUCGCAAUAUUGAUGAGACACUUCAACGGUGGGCCCACAAGUUUGAUGAUUUUUAUCCUUGCCCCUUUACUAUGGCGGAUUUCGAAGAAAGGAAAGAGCGCUUUGCAACUAUUGAUAUGAUAGGGGUGCUAGAAGGAGAUGAACCUGUUGAUUUGGGGCCAGAGAUUGGCAUAAAGAAGCGCCCUCAUAAAACUUUUGGAUGUUGUCUAAAUACGGAUACAUCUCGAGGACCAGGAAUACAUUGGACCUGUAUUUUUGUUGAUUGCAGGGGGGGCAAUGAAUGGAGUAUAGAGUGGUUCAAUAGCGCAGGACACCCUCCUGCAGUUCCUGUAAUCGUAUGGCUAGAGAAAACUCGUUUCAAGCUUCAGCAUCAUAGAAAAGAUAUUAAGGUUAAGAUAAUUAUAGUAUCUCAGAUUAAACAUCAAAAGUCUCAGACAGAAUGUGGC